AUGCCCACUCUGCGAUGGCACCGAGACCGCCAUCUCUCUGGGGCUUCCGUACUCUGCCUCCUGGGCGCACUUCUGGGGCCAGGCCGAGCAGACGACCAGAGCACUUCCACCGAUUCUGACCGAUUCUGUGACCGCUGGGGGCCAUGCGGUGCGCAAUCCGCAGGUGCCGGCUGCAGCUUCGAGGACUGGCUACAAGCGAAGGAGGAGGCAGAGGCUCCAAACAGCACCGGCGACAUGGGGGCGGCCCGCGAGUGCCUGAAGGACGCUUAUGGCUGCGUCAUCCUCGCCGUGGACGAGCUUGCAGAGGGCUGCCGCCCUGGCGUCCUCCGCGUGCUGCUGGCAGGGCUGGAUUUCCGCCUCCGGCACUGUGAGCAGGCUUUGGAGUGUGUUCUGGAGGUGGAGCACGGCUACUCCCGGGUGCAAGCCCUCUGGCCUCGAGCGGGAGUCCCACAGCACUGGGGGCGGAGGUGGUCGCUUCAGUGGUGGCGUCGGAAGGUGGAUGUGAUGUUUGACCGCGAAGAUGGAAUCCGGGCUCUACGGGGCGUCUGCGUGAAAUGGCUGAGUUCGGCAGCCACCAACCGUGUGAAGCUUCCGUGGAUAGGACAGCUCGUGGCUACGACUUCAAAAAACGGAUGCUGCCAAUCAGACACCGGCUACGACGUCAAAACGUCCGCUGCCGCUGCCAGUCAGACAGCAGCGAAGGAGCAGCAUCCGCCUGAGAAGACGCCCCAACCGCGGAAGAAGAAAAACCCAAGCAAGAAAAAUGAGGUUAUGGCACGGAGUGGCAACUGGCAACCUCCCCCGAGGGCCGAUGCCCUCACAGCUCACAGCCGAGUACUGAAUACACGGGGACUGAAUUCGUUUCGAAUUUGCAACUGA